UAGCCCGGGGAAUUCUGGGACUCGGCCUUUCCGGAACGACGGGCUCGGAGUCCCGGACUAGGCCGGUGUUCCAGGCCCGAGCCGGUGUUCCAGGCCUUACUUGAGGCCAGGCAGUGGGCGCGGCCACGCUGCGGUGAAGGCUGAGGGUGCAGCUGUUCGUUGAGGUGGGGGCCUGACGGGAGAGCGAGCGGCGGAGCAGGACGUGGCGGCCCCUCCCCCCGCGGCCUGGAGCGGAACUGCAGGAGGAACCAGCGGCGGCAGGACGAGGUGAACCCGGUCACUUAACUUCAGGUGAUGAAUCACUUGCAUAGUAAUCUGGUUUGAGGCCCACGGCCCUUUGUGGUCGUGCUGCAGCAGUUUUCAGUGGAUGCUUGACUGGUGUGACCCGCGGGUUGCUGCUGUGAUUGCUUGCCGUUGAUCAGGAAAGCAACCCCUUUGUUCAGUGGACAGCCUGGUUUCCCGACAGUCGUUCCAGUUACUACAUCUGCUGCCUAAGACUCUGCAAGAACAAGGCAUUCACAUGAAGGUGUCACUUGGUAACGGUGAAAUGGGUGUCUCUGCCCAUCUGCAGCCUUCCAAGGCAGGAACCACACGGUUUUUUACCAGCAAUACUCACAGUUCCGUGGUAUUGCAAGGCUUUGAUCAGCUUAGAAUAGAAGGAUUGCUUUGUGACGUGACUCUGGUAGCUGGUGAUGGAGAUGAAAUUUUCCCGGUUCAUAGAGCCAUGAUGGCGUCUGCUAGUGAUUAUUUCAAGGCCAUGUUUACAGGUGGAAUGAAAGAACAAGAUUUAAUGUGCAUUAAGCUUCAUGGAGUGAACAAGGUUGGUCUAAAGAAAAUAAUUGAUUUUAUUUAUACUGCAAAACUGUCUCUUAAUAUGGACAGUCUUCAGGACACUCUUGAGGCUGCCAGCUUUCUACAGAUUUUACCUGUUUUGGACUUUUGUAAAGUAUUUCUUAUAUCAGGAGUCUCUUUAGAUAACUGUGUUGAGGUUGGACGAAUCGCUAACACUUACAAUCUUAUAGAAGUGGAUAAAUAUGUUAAUAAUUUCAUCCUGAAGAACUUUCCUGCUUUAUUGAGUACUGGGGAGUUCCUAAAACUCCCCUUUGAACGACUUGCCUUCGUGCUUUCCAGUAACAGUCUCAAACACUGUACUGAACUCGAACUCUUCAAGGCAGCCUGCCGCUGGUUGAGGCUGGAAGACCCUCGGAUGGAUUAUGCUGCAAAAUUAAUGAAGAAUAUUCGAUUUCCACUGAUGACACCUCAGGACCUCAUCAAUUAUGUGCAGACAGUAGAUUUCAUGAGAACAGAUAAUACCUGUGUGAAUUUACUUUUGGAAGCUAGUAAUUACCAAAUGAUGCCAUAUAUGCAGCCAGUGAUGCAGUCAGACCGAACUGCCAUUCGAUCUGAUUCUACUCACUUGGUUACGUUAGGAGGAGUUUUGAGACAGCAAUUGGUUGUCAGUAAAGAAUUAAGGAUGUACGAUGAGAGGGCACAAGAAUGGAAAUCGUUAGCCCCCAUGGACGCUCCUCGAUACCAGCAUGGCAUUGCUGUUAUUGGAAAUUUUCUUUAUGUAGUUGGAGGUCAGAGUAAUUAUGACACGAAAGGAAAAACUGCCGUUGAUACAGUUUUCAGAUUUGAUCCUCGAUAUAAUAAAUGGAUGCAGGUGGCAUCAUUAAAUGAAAAGCGCACGUUCUUCCACUUGAGUGCCCUCAAAGGACAUUUAUAUGCAGUUGGUGGGCGCAGUGCGGCUGGUGAACUGGCCACAGUAGAAUGUUACAAUCCAAGAAUGAAUGAAUGGAGCUAUGUUGCCAAAAUGAGUGAGCCCCACUAUGGCCAUGCUGGAACAGUAUAUGGGGGCUUAAUGUAUAUAUCAGGAGGAAUUACCCAUGACACUUUCCAAAAUGAGCUCAUGUGUUUUGACCCAGAUACAGACAAAUGGACACAGAAGGCGCCAAUGACUACAGUCAGAGGUCUGCAUUGCAUGUGUACAGUUGGAGACAAGCUGUAUGUAAUUGGUGGCAACCACUUCAGAGGAACAAGUGAUUAUGAUGAUGUUCUAAGCUGUGAAUACUAUUCACCAACUCUUGACCAGUGGACACCUAUUGCUGCUAUGUUAAGAGGUCAAAGUGAUGUUGGAGUUGCUGUCUUUGAAAACAAAAUCUAUGUUGUUGGUGGAUAUUCUUGGAAUAAUCGUUGCAUGGUAGAAAUUGUCCAGAAAUACGACCCAGAAAAAGAUGAGUGGCAUAAAGUUUUUGAUCUUCCAGAGUCACUUGGUGGCAUUCGGGCUUGUACUCUCACUGUUUUUCCACCUGAAGAAAACCCUGGGUCACCUUCUAGGGAAUCACCUCUUUCAGCACCUUCAGAUCAUUCUUAGGAGUAACACCUUUUCAUUGUGUCAUAGAUGAUCUCAUACUUCCUCUCAAUUUUCUAUUGUUGCAGUUAUUAGACAAAAAGGUAACAGGUUAUUUGUCUUGUUUGACUUAGUAUGUUUAGCAAAUGACAAGUGUAUUCUGAAAAUGUAUUCAAUAUAUUCAGCUGUUUUAACAAGUGAAAAGAAUGUAGAAGAUUAGAUAUCUUUUUGUGGUGUUAUGUGUAUCAAAUUGUAGGUGAUCAUAGUAAAAGUAUAAUUAAGUCUAUUAUAGUUGAGAGUUGAAAGUUUUAAUCUCACUGAAAACAUCGAGGCCACCUAUACUAAAAUAAUAAAAGGUUGCCAAGUUACCUCCCUUGUUUAGAGUUUUUGACAAUCUGUUAGCUAGAUUGUGUGACUGCACUUAGAUUAUAUGAAGUUUCUCAGGCAGACAGAAGAAAGAAUAAAAAUAUUAGCUAGAAGAAACAGUCCUACGUCAGGAUUUGAUAUCUCUCCCUGGAGAGAGAAGAGGAAAAAAAAAAUGUGUAUACAUAGACAAAUAUACAUGCACACACAAAAAUAGGUGUAUUCAUACAUACAAACUUCUGGAUCAUUAAAACUUCAACUGUAGUGAAAUUAUUCUUUUUUUUUUAAUUCCACAAAAUAGCUAAUUAUAUUUAAAUGGGAAAUCAGUACCUGAGAGUAAAUGUGUCAUGGUCUUACAUAGAAUUUAGAUAGCUAAGGGCUACAGCAAGUCAAACUGACAGCCAAAUUUGUCAUUUGAUUAAAUUAUUUAAAUGAAAAGUACAUUAGUGUUCUGUAUAUAUGUUUUCUAUAGUUAUUUGUAUAUAGGUUAUUUAGCAAAAUUCAAGUUUCAGAGAAUUGCUUUUGCUUUUCUCGUUUUUUUUCUACUUUUUCCUGUAAAAUUUGGGAGAAAAGAAGGCAAAGAAAUAUUUUGAACAAAACUAUAGGAUUUUAAGUUCCAUCUUUUAGCUUAGUCACUCUGGCAUGAUCAUUGUGUGAUGUGAGUGACUGUCCUGUUGUCUUGGGGUUGCUUCAGCCUGUGUGCAUCCUGAGUUGUGUGAUCUGUCUCAAGACUAUGAUCUGAGCAAGCAGAGCAUGUGCACUGCUUAGCAUCAGAUCAGAAAUUUGGUUUUUUUAGCCUUGCCUCGAGGACAGGGCCAAUUUCAGAUUCCCUAGGAAGCCAGCUGCAGAAGGCAACAAAGUAGAACUUCAGCUUCUUCAAUACUGUGGGUGUUCUUAUUGGUUCAGUACAUGGGAAACUUUAAAGAAACCUUACGAACAAAGGAGUCCUUGGUAAUGUGUAAUUCUGAAUAGGCACAUUCCUGGAAAAAUUGUUCACCUGAAGGAAGAAAUUAUAUAUAUACAUGAGUAUGUACAUGUCUGUCCCUGGAGGAUUAUGGGAGUGUAAAUCAGGAACAGCUUUAUUUGGAAUCACUUAAUGUAACUCAGGAACCAAGAGAAAUGGACUUGGCUUUUGGGAGUCUGAACUUACUGCCCAUACAAGUGUUGACCAAUUUUAAUUAAUGCUCUUUAUGAUUUCUGCAUUGGCAGAAAUUUUCCUACUUUUUUUAAAAAAUGAUACUUGUUUAUUACUUAAAGUGGUACAUUUGAGUACUUUUAGAUAAGGUAAAAAUUGCUUCCAACUUUGUGUAUUGAAUAAGCAAAAUAUGGUAUCCCAAUCAUUUCUUUUGUUAUUAAUGAGAUUGAUACUUGUGUACUUUGGCUAGCUGUGUUUUCUCUGGUCAAAUGUUAUGUCCCUUGUCUUUGUGAUAUCUAUUGGGGUUACUUUGUUUUCAUAUCAAGUUAUAGGAUCUCUUUAUAUAAUAAAUAUUAUUUAACUGA